GUGUGACUGGUGAGGUGCAGCAGUCAGAUAACGGAGCUUGGGAAGCUAUCGGUGCGACGUGCGAGCGAGAGCAGAACAAUGGGUGCUAAUCAAUCGUGUCCGUGUAACGGCGACUCGAACGUGUACUUUCCUCCCGAGGACGGCGAGGACGGCGAUGCCAUCGUGGUGGCGAGGAAGGUUCCUAAUAGUCCGAGUGCAGGGACAUCCAAUUUGUUGAGCGCGACGAGUCUCGAGAAGGCGCCAGUCACCAAGGGCAAGUCCAGAAAGUGGGCUGCCCAGCCCAAGGAUUCCUCUGUUGAUGUGUCCGCCGCCUCGACACUGCAGCACCCCGGUGACGAGACGCUUGGUGACAGCGGGAGUGUCGCCUCCCGAGGCGACUUCGACGGAGAGGGAGAGAGCGGGUUCCCCGACGGAAAGCCAGGCAGCUCGCGAGAGCGCGCCCUCGCCGGUAGUCGACGACCAGGCCACAAUUGCUCAACGCGCCAAGCAGGAAGCGCACAACGACCGCAUCGUGGCCACUUUCAACAGCGUCAUGCUCGCUGACGGCCUCAAGGUGCUCAAGCACCACCGCCGCAGCUCCAAGAAGGCCGCGAGCCGCGUCAUCCGCUUCGUGCCCGACUACGGAGGGGCUCUUGUGUGGGACAAACCCCUCCGUCAGCCCGGGGCCAAGGCUAGCAGGGUCCCGCUCGACGCCAUCACCCAGGUCGAGCUCGAGGCGCGCAUCGUGUGGAUCUCGGCGGGUGACGAGCGCGUUGGCUUCGAGACUUCCAAGACGGAGGACGCGGACCUCAUGUACCAAGCGAUUUGCAUCCUUGUCGAUAGGUGCCACGCGUGAGCACAUCUUCAAGUCGUGUCGAGGGAGGGAAGGAUAGGAGAGGGGAUAAAAUGUUUGGCCCAAAAGUCUGGUUCAUGGAGAAGGGGCGCCGCUGUGCCUCUUGAACGGCAAAAGAGGCAUCACGAGGGAGCAAGGCGGGCUGUUGGAGACGGCGCGGGUGGAUGGGUUGAGGAGUCGCUACUGCCAAUAGUUCAAUGGCCAUGAGUCUGCCAUUCAUCCAGCGCCAUGCUCGUAUGGGUUACGGUGCUUUUCGGGGGGGGUACGCCGAAUUAUUGCAGCACCUUCCUGUCUUUGUGUAAAUUUUCAGGCAGCGAGGCGCGAAAGGGAAAACCGUUUUUUUUUUGUUAGUGUGACAUGUACCCAGCGCAUAUUUUCGAGAGAACACAUGAAAAAAAAAGCACGCUUUGCUCUCUCGCUGGACUGUGUACUGUAUUGCUCGCGUGCCUAUGCUUUUUGCCGCUCCUUCUGUUUUUCAACGCAAGCAACGUGGAUGGUGCGUGGUGGAUAGUGUCGAACCUCCGUUGGUCGUUUUUCGUCGUCAGCGCCACGCAGCACCGGCGCGUUUUGUCUUUUUUCCUCUUAUGGAUUUCUUGAACGUUUUCGUGUUUUCUCCGCCUUGUCGCUUCUCGGCGAGUGGCAUCAGGCAUUUGUGUCUGUCAUGUAUGCGACAACUCAGGGCAGCCGCCGUAAGUCGGGCUUCUGUUGGGUCAACCUGUUCUUGUACUUCGUUCGUCGCUUGCCUUCUUUCACGACAACGAUGUAUUCAAAAUACUGGUUUGAGUGGUCAACAGUUUCUCGUCCAGCGUGCAGACAACGAAUGACUGGUUGGGUUUGUGCCUUGUUGGUCCGUACAGCACGUCGCUGUUGCUGUCGCUGCUAGCUUGCUACCACAACAACCGCAGUCGUCUACCCGUCGUUUCGUAUCAGUCUGGAGGCCCUGUAGACUGUAGACUGCUGCUGUUGUAUGUCGUAGUAUGUAUAUCGUCCGUACACGAAAGAGUGGAGUUUGUCCUUCGACGGUCCCCCGAAUCGUCUGGAUCGCUAACAGCGCUCACAGACAGCUCCAACACGGCAAAGUCUACAGCCUUCUUCCCGUUGUAGGCUGGGAAUGAGCUUGAGGUCCACACAAUCAACGAAGACUCUGUGACCCUCUCAUCCAACAGAACAAGUAACCUAAAACAGUU